UGACUCGAUCUCCACUAUUCGUUCUAUGACGACCACUCAGAGCGCGGUAUCGUUGGAUGAGGUCCGAGAGAACGCCGAUGGGCUGGGUUCUGCUUCCCCAGAUGACAAGCACGCGGCGGCGGGGUCGGAGAAUGGCAGCGAGGAGGAGAGGGCGGAGGUGAAGAGGGAGGAUGUACCGCCGGACGGGGGAUAUGGCUGGGUGUGUGUGGCAGCGAUCUUUUGUAUCAAUGCCCAUACUUGGGGACUCAAUUCUUCUUAUGGCGUCUUUUUGGCUCACUAUCUGAGCACCAACACCUUUCCAGGAGCGACGAGACUUGAAUUUGCAUUUAUAGGGGGGUUAUCUGUGUCUAUGGCCUUAGCAGUAUCACCGGUAGCCACCGCCACAACCAGACUAUACGGCACCCGUAUUACGCUCCUCCUUGGCGUCUUCUUUGAAGCCCUCUCCCUAAUCGGCGCCUCCUUCGCCUCCAAGAUCUGGCAGCUCUUUCUCAGCCAAGGCGUCUGCUUCGGCUGGGGCAUGGGCUUCCUCUUCGUCGGCUCCGUCUCCGUGGUCCCGCAAUGGUUCACCACGCGCCGCAGUCUCGCAAACGGCAUCGCAGCCUCAGGCUCGGGGCUCGGCGGCCUGAUCUACUCCCUAUCCACCCAAGCCAUGAUCGAGAACAUCAGCCUCGCGUGGGCUUUCCGCAUCUUAGGUAUUGUUGCGUUCGGGGUGAACACGGCCUGCGCGCUCUUAGUCAGAGAUCGGAAUAAGCACAUCGGCUCGUCGCAGCUCUCGUUCGACUACCGCCUGUUCCGCCGCGUGGAGUUCCUGCUGCUGAUGUCGUUUGGGUUCUUGUCCAUGCUGGCGUACAUCGUGCUGCUGUUCUCGCUGCCGAAUUUCGCGGAGUCGGUCGGCAUGACGGCGAAGCAGGGCUCGAUCAUCGGCGCGGUGCUGAAUCUGGGGCAGGCGCUGGGCCGGCCGCCGAUUGGGUACUUCAGCGAUGCGGUGGGCAGGCUGAAUAUGGCGAGCUCGAUGACGUUCCUGGCGGGGCUGUUUUGCUUGGUUAUUUGGACGUUCGCGACGAAGUUUGGGGUGUUGGUGUUUUUUGCGCUUAUUGGGGGUUGUGUUGCUGGGACUUUCUGGGCGGUGAUAGCGCCAGUUACGUCUGAGGUUAUUGGGCUUAAGGACUUGCCAUCGGCGCUUGCUCUUACGUGGAUAGUUCUUGUUCUUCCUACUACAUUUUCCGAACCCAUUGCUCUGGAGAUCGUGUCCUUCAAUAACGGAAGCUACCUUGGCGCCCAACUCUUCACGGGCUUCAUGUACAUUGGCGCGGCCUCUUUCCUUUGGAUGGUGAGAGCGUGGAAGAUAGGUGAGCUGGAGAAAGAGGAUGCUCUCGACGCGAAGCGCCAGACGGGCGGUCCUUUGACAGAGAAACCCGCGGAGGAACCGGCGGCGAGUGAGGCCGUGCGGUCGGGUUUUGUGAAGAGGAUGUUCAUGUGGAGAAAGACAUCUCUAUCGCGUCACCACCUGGCGGCCCGCCUCCGCUCCCUCCUCGCAGCGUCCGCACGCGUUGCCAUCGUCCCCGGUGCCCGCUUCAUCCCCCAGCUUCAGCGAGCGGGCGACGCCAGCUUCGCUCGCCGCGUUGGAACCGUGGAAGCUCGACGGACCACCACGUCGUCACCAGCCUUGCCCUCGUCGCCUCCGAUUGCUUUCCAGCACCAAGGCGAAGCAAGCCCUCUCACAGAGGCGCGCGGUGUGCCAUCUCCGGCACAGACUCUGUGGACAGCCCAUUCGCCAACCCAGACACUCGGCCACUCGAGUCCGGAGCUCCCCCCUCUGCCCUCGUUAGCAUCGCUCGGAGGCGUCCCGCGUACCCCGUCGACUGUUGCAAGGCACGAAGCUACCGACAGCACAUACUACACUGCAAGUUGGGGAUCUCCGUACCAACGACCUCCCCCGGGGUUUAAUAUCAGUUCUGCGCUACGCGACCAUUUGGCUCCCGACAGCGACGAUCUUGAGGAGGACGCAUCCAGCCUUCAGUUCGGACUUGAGCAUCUACUGCCGUCCCACUUAGACGAAGACUCUUCCUCAGAUCCCCAAUUUGGACUUGAGCAUCUUCUCCCAUCCCGGUUGACCGAAGACGCUUCCCCAAACCAAUUCGGCUUGGAGCACCUUUUGCCUUCUCGACUGCCUAUCAAUUCAGCUAUAACGCCUACGAGAUCUACGUUUUCCCCUGCAUCCGAGGCCCCUGAAGCAACUCCACGACCCAGUGGCAUCAGUUUUGCAGAUACUCUUCCAGAGCAACUGCUAAACGAUCCAACUGGUGAUUGGGUUCGCCAGUUCUUGAGUGGAGGUUGGGACGACGAGAAGGCCAAUUGGUGGAGUGACGAGUCAAGCCACAACGACUCCAGUGUAAAGAAAGACGGGAAGCAAGACAAGACUGAGCGCGAAGUCGAGCAAAAGAAAAAGGGGCAUAAGUCGAGGAAGAGUAACCUGACACUGAAGCAGCAGGAUUUCUGGGCUCACUUCAGCAAAGAACAAAAGGAACACUUCGGCAGGAUGAUGGCCUCAAAGUACGCAGACCCUGGGCAUUCACGCAAGGGCUCUGCAAACAGUCAACUGUCACAGCCUCUUCGCAGCCCUGCGUCCGAUAAACCUCUACAUCCGCCUCCUACAAUCGAUGCUGUGCCUUCGCUAAAGCUUCCUAACGAACCCGAAAAUGCUCUUCCUAAGGAAGGACCUGUUCGGCCUCCAUCGGCACCGCGUCCACGAAAGAAGUUGCCAUGGAAAGGGAAGGCUUGUUGGAUCGCACUACCGGCCGAUCUUCCAAGAGGAAAGCCAGGACAACCGCCAAUGCCACUUAGCUCGCAGGAGGUUGCAGCUCGCAUGGAGACUUUUGAGAGGGCAGGCUACAAUACCAACGGUUUCGACCACUUCAAACAGAGAGAAAGCGUUGUUGGACCGACCGGUCUAGCGCAGGCUCGCGAUGUAUAUCCAGAGCCUAGUGACUAUCAAGAAGAACGUAGUACUGGGUCUUUCCGAGUCCGGAUACCUAACAAGGCAGAAUGGGAAGCAUAUGAAAAUUACCUCAUGGAACAGAAGUUGGCUGCCCUUGGAGUCAGCAUGGGUGGAGAGGAGGAGGAGGUCUCUCCUGCGAUGUCUCGCAAGGCUUCAUCCCAAUACCCAGCAUUGCCAUUUUCUCCACCUCUGCCGACUUCGUCCGCUGGGAGUCAACGACUGGGACAAAAUGGCAGUGUCAUCUCUGGAACAUUCCCUCAUGGACCUUCGCCAGCACAUGGCCAUACAUCUACCCGGUCGAUUGCUUCCCCGAUAUCCCCAUUUGGCAACCAGCGACCGGGUAUGCACAUGCAUCGCCACUCAACCUUUACAUCUCCAGCAAACUUCGCACAGUCGCAACCUACGCCACCAGGCCUUCAGGGUUGGUCUCCUCAACAGUACUUCGGGCCGCAAGGGGUUGCACGAGGCGGAUCGCCCGCUUUGUCCCAUAGCAGGCCUGACCUAGGUGACCUUGCCUCUCCUGCUUCACCAUUUGGAUUCAGACCAAACCAACAGUUCCCCUUUGCGCAGAAGGAUGAUCUUGUGGUUCAGAUGCAACAGCAACAACAACAACUGCAAACUCAGCUACUUCUUCAGCAACAGCAGCAGUUGUUGAACAACAUGAGGCCGUCUUCGACCCUUGCUGAGGUUCCCGAGGAUGAGGCUGAGGAAGAUGAAGUUACCGACAUCAAGCAGGCCAACCAACCAGGCCCGCAGAUUGCCGUGCCGACGCCUCGUGGCCAUCAACAUAAUAUCAGUGAAAAUCUGGAGCGGGAAAUUCGAGAUGCAGAGUACCAUUUGGAACAGGCUAUCGACAAGCAACUUGAGGAAGGUGGCGAGUUUAGCACAGAAUCACCAUUCAACUCAAACGCUAGGAAAGAUCAAAUUAGCUCUCCCAAUCCUCAAGCGACUAAGUCAGCGUGGGAGGAGCCUCGUCCAAUUCAACAAGUCUUGCACCAGCCGCAGCCUCAUAACAGAGCCCAUUCUCUCACUAAGCCCCAGCGGCCGCUUUCUAUGAGUUUCAAUUCUCAGACUACGAAUGGUCAACGCGAGGAACUGAGUGAUGACGCAAAAACGAACGGUUCGGAAGUAACGAACCCUAGCCUAGAGGAAGGCGAAUUACGGGAGUCUAACUCGAGCUCGAAGCAACACUCUAAGAACGCGUCUCAAGCUAGUGCUUCUUGGAAAGAGUCGAAGUUCAACUCUGGCCGACCACAAUCUAUCCACAGCAAGCAUACUUCUACUUCGUCGGUAUCGAAACUCAACGUAGAGGCCAAGGAAUUCAAAUUUAACCCAUCCGCGUCCUUCAACCCUAGCACGUCUUCCUUCAGUCCCAACACUUCUUCGUUUGGCGGCUUUUCAUUCCAGCCCACCAACAGCAAGCCCAUCGGUCAAGGUCCCCAACCUGUACCUAGAAGCAACAAUGCUAGCAUUGAUGGUCUCGGAAGUGGCUUGAACGUCACAGCGCCUGAUUUCAAGCCUUCUUUCAAUAUGAAAGGACCAGCGUUGCCUUCCAGCAACUUCGACUUCCUAUCGAAGGGACCCACUUUCAAGCCGGACGAUCCCGCAUUUAGUCCACCAAUUAUUAGCCCUGCAGUUGUACAAAGUCCAGCCGUCGGUGUCGGAGCUAAUGGACCGUCCAAGAUAUUUGGCAACUUCAAUAUGAACGCUAACGAUUUCAUCAAGCCCGCUAAAAGGUCCAAGGCCGUCCCGAUAGUCAUGCCAGAUACUACUCAACAGCCGGCUAAGGAAGUUGAGGACAAGGAAGACGAGAUGGGACGUAUUACCCAGGCCGAUGGCCGCGAGAAGCGAGCGCGCCACGGUCAUGAUGAUAGAGACCAGGUGCCACAAUUCGCUAUGCCUUCACAUCCUCUUAGUGAGGCUCCUCGGAAUCAAGGAGCGAAGCCAGUUCCUGAAACCGAGCGAGCUGUCGUGCCAGAGGACAAGGAGAAUCUUUCUCCCAACAAGGAACAAGCCCAACCGAAAGCCAAGUCUCCUCAACCAUUGUCUGCAGCUGCCCUUCAACUAGAAGGUUCAUCAUUCGGCCCUGGCACGCACACGCCGAAGACGGACGACGUUUCGGAUACUGCAUCAGGCACGAAGACACCCACAGGAGCUGAACUGCGGCGCGACGUGGGAGGCGUCUCCCCGUCUGUGGAAGAGCAAUCGAAGCCAUUUACAAAGAAACAUCCAAGCAAAGGCUCGCUAUCAGCUACCGCGAAGCCUUUCGAAUAUCGGCCUCAAUUCGGCUCUGGCUUCGAUUUCGGUAUCCAUGUCCAGAAACCUUCUCUGCCUAAGAGUCCCGAGCUGGAUACUUCGCACGUCAGUUCUCCCCGUCACGUUAGCCGGAGCCCUGCGACGACUUUCCGACCGAGUGACGAUGGAUCAUACAAGACUGCACCUGAACCUCGCAAACAUCGGGUCCCAUAUCCGGAGAGCGAAAGCGUUGAUUACGAUUAUGUGCAGACAUUCGACGAAAUUGACUCUGUCAUGAAGCAUCUCAAUGAGGAAGGCUCGGACUUUGGUGUUGAGAGAGAUUCCAACUCAUGGGAUCAGUCUAGCCCUCGACGAUCUCUUCAUGACUUUGAACGUUUACAGCCGAAUAUUCAAAUGCGCAGCGACGCGCCAAGCCCUAGUCCUCGACGAAUUUAUGCUCAUGUUCCUACGCCUGGAACGCUGCAUGCCUCCUCGACGUCUAUCACGCAUGAUCCAUUCAGUGACGAACGGGCCGGAAUGGCCUAUGAGUCGCCUGUCCACCGUCUUAACAACGCCGACGAGAUUCCUGUCAGUGAUUGGGAUGAGGGGAUUUCCUCGGACGGAGAGGACAAGAUUCAGACCCGUAGUCGAUUCUUCGAUAGCCAUGUUGAUGGUCUCAUCGGUCGUCUGUUGCAAAACCGUCUGGGUCCUUUGGAGAGGAACCUUCAAUUAAUUCAAGACUCCAUCUCUACAAUGGGACUGAAGGGUGGGAGAGGUCGCCGCAGCAUGUCUACCAACGAUCGCCUAGACAGCGAUGCUGAUGACGAAGAUGACGAUGCUGAUGUUCAUUAUCGAAACCGAUCUCCUAGGAAGGACCGCAGACUCGAGAAAAUUCGUGCUAUCGUUAUGGAAGCGAUUGCUUCUCAACCACAGCACUCAGCAGAGUCUGCUGUGGUACCAACCCAGUCUCAUCUUGACCUCUCGGAGUUACACCAAGCGCUUGGUGACAUCAAAGCUUCAAUUACUGCCGUACCGUCUCCACCUCCAGUAGAUCUAUCAGCACUUCAAGAGGCUAUUGGCGAAAUCAGGACCUCGAUUGCUGCAGUACCAGCUCAGCCCCAGGUAGAUCUGUCUGAGUUCAACAAGGCGCUCGAUGAGAUCAGGUCAUCGGUGGUCUCUGCACCACCGCAGCCGCCGGUGGAUAUUUCUGAGUUCUACCAAGCUCUUGGUGACGUGAAGGCUUCCUUUGCUCGAUCAGCUUCAUCCAGUAUCCAACCUGAAGAUUUCCGGGAAAUGAUCGAAGAUGUCUUGAAGCGCCAGAGCACUGAGAUAGUACUCCACCGGGAAAGCAAGGCCACGGAAGAAAGCGAGCUUCGAGUUGCAGACCUUCAGUCCAUGGUUAAGGAGGCCACUUUACGUGUGGACGAGGAGAUUGAAGCUCGUAAGGCUGUCGAGGCUCGUGAGAUUAGUACUCAGCGUCUGCUCAAGGUCACCGAAGAGGAACUUGUCCUUCUUCGUGAAGCUGCACGCGAUGAUGAACACAAAAUGCGUGCGAUGGACCAGGAGCUUCGCGAUGCCCGUGGAAAGAUUGCUGCGUUGCACGAUGCUGAGGAAGAUCUUCGCGAUCGACUGUCUUCAUUGGCCGCCGAGAGCGAACAAUCAAAGCUGAAGGCAAUUGCACUUGAAUUGUUGGAGGAAGACUUGCAAAAGAAGUUGACCGGAGUGUCGGCUGAGAACGAAGCUCUUCAAUUUACGCUUGAAGAGUACCGCUUGUCUAGCGAUAAGUGGCGAAAGGAAAUCCAGCAAGCCAACGCGGAGAAAGAAGAGAUGAAGAACGCCGUUGAUGCGUCGCUAUUCCAAGCCGAGGAGGCUCAGCGUAUUCGCGAGUCCAUGCGUACUAAGCUGGAAGCUAUCCAGAAAGAUAUGUCGAUUGCAUCUGGUCAAGUGUCUGCGGAGAGAGCACAAUGGCAAAAGAGCGACCAGGAACACAUGACGCGAUACGAGAUACUCAGUGCAAGAAUUGAGGCUGAGGGUCGUACCAGGGAGAGACUUGAGAGAGAGCUCGAGAGAUUGGAAGGGCAAGAAAGAGAAGGAAUGAGGAUGAAGGUUACUCUCGAGCAGACUCAGAAAGCCAACGCUAGACUCGAAGACGCUGUCAACGCGCUCAGACAUCAAAGCGACCAGCACCAAAGGGCCGCCGAGAAGUACGAACGUGAUUACCAGGAGGCAAGAGAAGCAGGCCGGGUCGAAGUACAGCGAACUCGCGUGCUCAUGGAGGCUGACAUUGAUGUUGCCAAUAACCAGGUCAACAUGGUGCGGGCUGAAAUGGAGCAUGAAAUCUCGAGGCUCAGGUCUGAGAUGGACAACGUUCGUAUGGAUGCCAAUACCGCAAAGGCUCGGAAUGAGCUUUUGUUGGAAGAGGCGGCCGACUCCAAGCAACAAGCUUUGGAUGAAGCAUUGAAUGCAAGGAACGCGGCUCUACAGGAGCAGGAGCGCACAUUUGAGCGACGCGUCGAACUUCUCCAGAAGGAGCACAGCAGAGCUCUUGACAUGGCGGUUGAGGAUAAGGAUAGGUCCGAGUCCUAUCUGAAGGAACGCUUGAGUCUGUCAGACGCCAAGCUGGAGCAUCUGCAAGACAAGAUCGCUCAUCUCGAAGAGAAGGUCUCCGUCGCUCAGUCGGCCGCCCAAGCUGCUGCCCAAGCGGCUCAAUUAGCCAAGGCACCCACUGCUUCUGAAUCGCACCACGGCCAUGCUUCUAGACAACCCGAAAAGAUCUCACCUCAGGCCUUGCGCGAGUCAAUUGCUGUUCUGCAAGAGCAGCUUCAAGAGCGCGAGACUCGCAUCGAGUCUCUCGAGCACAAGCUCGAAGAAGUCGACACUGAGGCCCCUGCGAAGCUGAAGGAGCGCGAGACGGAAAUCGGCUGGCUACGCGAGCUACUUGGCGUACGCGUCGAUGAUCUGUCUGAGCUCAUCAAUGCACUCGCCCAACCAGCUUUCAGCCGUGAAGCUGUUCGAGAUGCGGCCAUCCGCAUCCGCACGAACCUCCAAAUGGAGCAGCAAGAGAAGGAAAGACUGAUGACGGGAGGCCAGAACUUCCCAGCCAUCGUCAGCAGCUUGUCGAGCUUUGCCACGUCGAACUUCUCAUCGCCAAAGGCAGGUGCACUAGCAGCUGCAGCUGCAUUUGGCAACUGGCGGAAAGGCGGAAACACAUCAUCGAGUUCCCUCUCGACUGCCUCAGCUAGCGCAUCACGUACUCCGACACCUUCUCGCACCGCUCCGCGCCCCGCCCCUGUUCCCUCAACACAGUCGUUCCUUUCUGGUCUCAUGACCCCGCCGACCUCCAACCUCCGCCGCACGCCACAGACUCUGUCGUCUGUCCACCCUCAACCAUACUCCGGCUCUAACUCGAGCACCAGCACCUUCCGCGGCUCGGAUGCUGGGUUUCCGGCCCUAGGAAAACAGGCCGUGGCUGGUGCGGAGCAACACGCGCCGUCAACGCCACCGUUGCUGCGUAAUGCGAGCUACGACCAGGACGCCGAGGGAUACAGCGAGAACGGCUACUACGACGAUGAGGAGAGUACGGUGGAUGGAAACCCUGGUGAUGGGAUAGGGGUAAGCUUCGAGGGAUUCGGACCCGGUCUACACCGGUGAGAGAAGUCCGAAUGAAGAAGAAGAAUGAUGAUGGAGGAAGUGCCUAAACAAGGCAACAACAGAACUCAAAAUAACCCUAUUUUCCUAUGUCCAGAUCCCCAUUUCCUUGCGUUUUAGUUUCCCUUAUACUGUUAAAAGCUCGUGCUGGUUUGAGCAUCCUCUCUCUCUCUGCUUACUUUACAUAUCGAAAGAUAAGAUCGUCGCGUCGUUGUUUUUCUUGGUUUUGAUCGCUGGUUUGCGUCGCGACGGAAAUACCCCCAACAUCCCGAGAUUGAAGAUUGGACUUUUUUUCGUUUCCGUUGAGUGUUUAUACCCACCCACAUCAUACUCCAUACCACCCACCAUAUAGUUGGACCAAAAUUGUAAUACGGUUGGUUUCGUAUAUUUAACACUCCUCUCUUUGUUGUUUAUGUAUG